ACAAAAAUAAGCUGUGCCGACAAACAAACGCUUUUAAAUAUAUGAAAAAUACAAAAUUCAGUUAUGUUAUGUCAGAGCAAUUUUCAUAUAUGAAUAAUUUGAUCGUAAACUUUUGUCCAUAAAUCUAUCUGAACUAGCUAGAUAGAAUUAUCUCGGAUACGAUUUGAGUAAUAGCAAACAGACUACGAGUAAUUGUUACACAUAAAAGUACUAUUCAAAAUGUGACAAAAAGGAAGGUACUAUACAAAAUAUAUUCAAGUAAUGUAAUCACUUACUAUAUCAUAUAAGAGCUGGAUCAUUUGGAAAUGAUAUGCAAUCCGUGACUAAUACGAAUUUUGAUCUAAGGCUUAUGGAAAUAACUUUUUUUUUUAUCAACUGGCUUAUGGAAAUAACUAAGUAAGUAAAACUCUUUAUUCCGUUCUCAUCAAUUGAAGAGUGAUGUCAUCGCCCCGGCGUCACUCGAUCAAACGUCACGAUGCUCCCCUAAGCAAAUGAGUGGAUAAGUUCAUCCCACUCUCUUGCCUUUGGCCAUCUCUCUCAUUUCCUCACAUCUUCUUCCUCUAAAAAUCAAAAGAAAAUCCAAGAAAAGAAAAAUAUGAAUUAUUACAAGUUUCUUCUCUCCAUUAUAUUUACACACGCACUUCUCUUCCCUUUAGUCAUAUAACCCACACCAAAAGAGGAAAAAAUAAAACCCAUCAAACACUACAACCAAAAUGGAUAUUGUUAGUAAUAACAAAGCAAUAAUGCUAAAAGUUAUGGACCAACUCGUUCAAGGCCAUGAGUUGGCCACUAAGCUUCAACAGCUCCUCUCUCAACACGGGUCGGGUCGUGGUGCAGCAGGGGAUCUCGUGGCUAAAAUCUCGGCAUCUUUUAGUGACACAAUCUCUGCUCUUGAUUCCUUCGAACCCAUCCCCUCCUCUCUCUUCACCGCCGUUGAAGGCUCUCAAAAUGCUUCCUGCAACAACGACGGCAAGCUUGAGGAUUCCGUUGAUAGUCGGAAAAGAUUGGGACCCGUCAAGGGUAAAAGAGGAUGCUACAAGAGAAAAAAGAGAGCUGACACGUGGACUGUAGAGUCAACUCUACUUGAGGACGCAUUUUCUUGGAGGAAAUAUGGAAAAAAGGAGAUUCUUAAUGCCAAAUUCCCAAGAAGUUACUUUAGGUGCACACAUAAAUACACUCAAGGGUGCAAGGCAACAAAGCAAGUACAGAAGCUAGAGCUCGAACCCAGGAUGUUCAGUAUCACAUACAUUGGAAACCACACGUGCGACACGGACGAAGUAACACCAAAUAUCAAUCCUUGUGUUCAUCAUGAUGACGGCAUCAUGGAUUCUGAAGAGUUCAAGUGUCCUAGUUUGAGGACCUCGAUGAAUGAAGAGGAAGAUAACCAUCAUCAUGGUUCGUCCACGGAGAGUGACUUGCAAUUGGUGUGGCAAGAAAUGUUGGUGUUUGGAGAGGAACAUAAUCAUCAUCAUCAUGAGGCUAUUUAUGGUUGCGGUGAAACUAGUGCAUCUAUUUAUGGUUUGGAUACCACGGAUCUUUGGAGUUGGCAGCGAUUUCCGGUUCAACGAUAAUGAGCAGCUCUCUUACUUCGAACCAUGUUUGAAUCUAGCUUAAUUUUACAUUAUUAUAGUCUACCGAAUGUAAUAUCUAUAUUUUCAUUAUAUAGCUCUCUUUUUGUAUUCUCAUUUCUUAACUAAUUUAUCCUUUUUCGCUGAACAUCA